AAUUAAGGCGGUGACACCAAUCAAAUAACUGAUUCAGCUAUUCUGCGAGAUGUAUUUCUUCAUAAUAUAAUGAGCUUCGCAAUUGCACUUGGAUGGCGGCGAGCAGACUGUCAUAAGUUUCACAAAACUUCGUGUAUCAUUUACCCCGCAAGGGAUACAGAAGGGACGGAAACACUUUAACCAUGCCACCAAAUUAAGUUCGAGAUUCCAAAUAAAACAUAAAUUUCGAAGCUACAUGAUGUGUUCACGGCUUAACUGCAGUAGCCAGUAUAUUUGACAGUAUGGAUUUGCUAACGGCAGUAUCGAAAGGGAAGAUUAGACAAGUAAGGCAAUCGAUCAAACAGGGUGCUAACAUACACCAGACAGACCAAGAUGGAAACACGUGUUUACACAUUGCAGUUAAGUACGACCAAGGAGACAUCAUUGAAUAUCUCAUAAAUCAUGGAGCUGAUGUCAAAAAGGCUACGUCAACGGGACUAACUCCCUUACAUCUUGCUACCGCACAGGGACUUCUAAAGGCAGUGAACAUUAUUCUCAGUCAUGGAGCUGAAGUGAAUAAAGGGGGUGAGGAUGAUUUCACCGCACUACACUAUGCAGCUAAGAAUGGUCAUCUUGAUGUAACCAAACAUCUCAUCAGUCAUGGAGCUGAAGUAAAUAGAGGGGAUAAUAAUGGUUUGACCCCAUUACACUAUGCAGCUAAGAAUUGUCAUCUUGAUGUGACCAAACAUCUCAUCAAUCAAGGAGCUGAUGUAAAUAGAGGGGAUGACACUGUUUGGACUCCAUUACACAGUGCAGCUAAGAAUGGUCAUCUUGGUGUAACGAAACAUCUCAUCAGUCAAGGAGCUGAAGUAAAUAUAGGGGAUGAUACUGGUUUUACUGCAUUACACUAUGCAGCUUGGAAUGGUCAUCUUCAUGUCACCGAAUAUCUCAUCAGUCAAGGAGUUGAAGUAAAUAUAGGGGAUGAUACUAAAUGUACUGCAUUACACAGUGCAGCUCAGAAUGGUCAUCUUGAUGUCACCAAAUAUCUCAUCAGUCAAGGAGCUGAAGUGAAUAAAAGGGAUAAUAGUGAGUGCAUUGCAUUGCACAGUGCAGCUAAGAAUGGUCAUCUUGAUGUAACCAAGCAUCUCAUUAGUCAAGGAGCUAGAGUGAAUAAAGGGAAUGAUGUUGGUUUGACGGCAUUACACUAUGCCGCUGGAAAUGGUCAUCUUGAUGUCACCAAAUAUCUCAUUAGUGAAGGAGUUAAAGUGAAUAGAGAGGAUGAUACCAUUUGGACUCCAUUACACAGGGCAGCUCAAAAUGGUCAUCUUGAUGUCACCAAAUAUCUCAUCAGUCAAGGAGCUGAAGUGAAUAAAAGGGAUAAUAGUGAGUGCAUUGCAUUGCACAGUGCAGCUAAGAAUGGUCAUCUUGAUGUGACCAAAUAUCUCAUCAGUCAAGGAGCUGACGUGAAUAGAAAGGAUGCUACUGGUUUGACUGCAUUACACAAUGCAGCUGGGAAUGGUCAUCUUGAUGUAACCAAGUAUCUCAUUAGUAGAGGAGCUAAAGUGAAUAGCACGAAUUCUUCGGCUUGGACUGCAUUACACAGGGCAGCUCAAAAUGGUCAUCUUGAUGUCACCAAAUAUCUCAUCAGUCAAGGAGCUGAAGUGAAUACAGGGGGUGUGGCUGGUUUGAAUGCAUUACACUAUGCAGCUUUGAAUGGUCAUCUUGAUGUCACCAAACAUCUCAUCAGUCAAGGAGCCGACGUGAAUAGAAAGGAUGAUACCUUUUUGACUGCAUUACACUAUGCAGAUGGGAAUGGUCAUCUUGAUGUGACCAAAUAUCUCAUCAGUCAAGGAGCUGGCGUGAAUAGAAAGGAUGCUACUGGUUUGACUGCAUUACACAAUGCAGCUGGGAAUGGUCAUCUUGAUGUAACCAAACAUCUCAUCAGUCAAGGAGCUGAAGUGAAUACAGGGGAUGUGGCUGGUUUGAAUGCAUUACACUAUGCAGCUUUGAAUGGUCAUCUUGAUGUCACCAAACAUCUCAUCAGUCAAGGAGCUGAAGUGAAUAAAGGGAAUGAUGUUGGUUUGACGGCAUUACACUAUGCCGCUGGAAAUGGUCAUCUUGAUGUCACCAAAUAUCUCAUUAGUGAAGUAGUUAAAGUGAAUAGAGAGGAUGAUACCAUUUGGACUCCAUUACACAGGGCAGCUCAAAAUGGUCAUCUUGAUGUGACCAAAUAUCUCAUCAGUCAAGGAGCUGACGUGAAUAGAAAGGAUGCUACUGGUUUGACUGCAUUACACAAUGCAGCUGGGAAUGGUCAUCUUGAUGUAACCAAGUAUCUCAUUAGUGGAGGAGCUAAAGUGAAUAGCACGAAUUCUUCGGCUUGGACUGCAUUACACAGUGCAGUUGAGAGUGGUCAUCUUGAUGUCACCAAACAUCUCAUCAGUCAAGGAGCUGAAGUGAAUACAGGGGAUGUGGCUGGUUUGAAUGCAUUACACUAUGCAGCUUUGAAUGGUCAUCUUGAUGUCACCAAACAUCUCAUCAGUCAAGGAGCUGAAGUAAAUAAAGGGAAUAAUAAUGGAAAUACCGCAUUAUACAUCGCUUGCAAGAAUGAUCGUCUUCAUGUCAUCCAAUAUCUCAUUAGUCGUGGAGCUGAUGUGAAUGAACGAAAUAAUGAUGGCUCGACCGGCUUACACAGUACAGCUGAGUAUGGUUAUCUUGAUGUCAGUAAAUAUCUCAUUAGUUGUGGAGCUGAAGUGAAUAGAGAGGAUAAUAUUGGUGUGACUGCAUUACACAGCGCAGCUAGGAAUGGUCAUCUUGAUAUCAUCAAAUAUCUCAUCAGUCAAGGAGCUGAAGUAAAUAAAGGGAAUAAUAAUGGAAAUACCGCAUUAUACAUCGCUUGCAAGAAUGAUCGUCUUCAUGUCAUCCAAUAUCUCAUUAGUCGUGGAGCUGAUGUGAAUGAACGAACUAAUGAUGGCUCGACCGGCUUACACAGUUCAGCUGAGAAUGGUCAUCUUGAUGUCACCAGAUAUCUCAUUGGUCACGGAGCUGAAGUGAAUAGAGAGGACAAUAUUGGUUUGACUGCUUUACACAGUGCUACUAGGAAUGGUCAUCUUGAUAUCAUCAAAUAUCUCAUCAGUCAAGGAGCUGAAGUAAAUAAAGGGAAUAAUAAUGGAAAUACCGCAUUAUACAUCGCUUGCAAGAAUGAUCGUCUUCAUGUCAUCCAAUAUCUCAUUAGUCGUGGAGCUGAUGUGAAUGAACGAAAUAAUGAUGGCUCGACCGGCUUACACAGUUCAGCUGAGAAUGGUCAUCUUGAUGUCACCAGAUAUCUCAUUGGUCACGGAGCUGAAGUGAAUAGAGAGGACAAUAUUGGUUUGACUGCUUUACACAGUGCUACUAGGAAUGGUCAUCUUGAUAUCAUCAAAUAUCUCAUCAGUCAAGGAGCUGAGGUGAAUAAACGGAAUAAUGAUGGAAAUACUGCAUUAUAUAUUGCAUCCCUGAAUGGUCUUCUUGGUGUCAUCAGAAUACUCAUCAGUCAAGGAGCUGAAGUAAAUAAAGGGAAUAAUAAUGGAAAUACCGCAUUAUACAUCGCUUGCAAGAAUGAUCUUUUUCAUGUCAUCCAAUAUCUCAUUUGUCGUGGAGCUGAUGUGAAUGAACGAAAUAAUGAUGGCUCGACCGGCUUACACAGUACAGCUGAGUAUGGUUAUCUUGAUGUCAGCAAAUAUCUCAUUAGUUGUGGAGCUGAAGUGAAUAGAGAGGAUAAUAUUGGUGUGACUGCAUUACACAGCGCAGCUAGGAAUGGUCAUCUUGAUAUCAUCAAAUAUCUCAUCAGUAAAGGAGCUGAAGUAAAUAAAGGGAAUAAUAAUGGAAAUACCGCAUUAUACAUCGCUUGCAAGAAUGAUCGUCUUCAUGUCAUCCAAUAUCUCAUUAGUCGUGGAGCUGAUGUGAAUGAACGAAAUAAUGAUGGCUCGACCGGCUUACACAGUUCAGCUGAGAAUGGUCAUCUUGAUGUCACCAGAUAUCUCAUUGGUCACGGAGCUGAAGUGAAUAGAGAGGACAAUAUUGGUUUGACUGCUUUACACAGUGCUACUAGGAAUGGUCAUCUUGAUGUCACCAAACAUCUCAUCAGUCAAGGAGCUGAUGUGAAUAGAGGGGAAAAAGAUGGUUGGACUGCAUUACAGAUUGCUGCUCAGAAUGGUCAUCUUGAUGUCACCAAGCAUCUCAUCAGUCAAGGAGCUGAUGUGAAUAGAGGGGGGAUAGAUGGUUGGACUGCAUUACACAAAGCAGUUAAGAAUGGUCAUUUGGAUGUCACCAAACAUCUCAUCAGUCAAGGAGCUGAAGUGGAGAGAGGGGAUAAUACUAAAUGGACUGCAUUGCACAUUGCAGCUCAGAAUAACCAUCUGGAUGUGACUAAACAUCUCAUCAGUCAAGGAGCUGAGGUAAAAAAAGAGAAUGAGACUGGUAGGACCGCAUUACACAUUGCAGUUCAGAAUGGUCAUCUUGAUGUCACCAAACAUCUCAUCAGUCAAGGAGCUGAUGUGAAUAGAGGGGAAAAAGAUGGUUGGACUGCAUUACAGAUUGCUGCUCAGAAUGGUCAUCUUGAUGUCACCAAGCAUCUCAUCAGUAUAGGAGCUGAAGUGGAUACACAGAAUAUAACUGGUGGGACUGCAUUACACAGCGCAGCUAGGAAUAGUCAUCUUGAUGUUAUCAAAUAUCUCAUCAGUCAAGGAGCUGAAGUAAACAGAGGGGAUAACACUGAAUGGACUGCUUUACAAAUUGCAGGUCAGAAUGGCCAUCUGGAAGUCAUCGAAUAUCUCAUCGCUCAAGGAGCAAAUGUGAAUAAAAGAGAUAAUGAGGGCUCGACCUCCUUACACAGUUCAGCUGAGAAUGGUCAUCUUGAUGUCACCAGAUAUCUCAUUGGUCACGGAGCUGAAGUGAAUAGAAAGGACAAUAUUGGUUUGACUGCUUUACACAGUGCUACUAGGAAUGGUCAUCUUGAUAUCAUCAAAUAUCUCAUCAGUCAAGGAGCUGAGGUAAAAAAAGAGAAUGAGACUGGUAGGACCGCAUUACACAUUGCAGCUCAAAAUGGUUAUCUUGAUGUCACCAAACAUCUCAUCAGUCAAGGAGCUGAUGUGAAUAGAGGGGAAAAAGAUGGUUGGACUGCAUUACAGAUUGCUGCUCAGAAUGGUCAUCUUGAUGUCACCAAGCUUCUCAUCAGUCAAGGAGCUGAUGUGAAUAGAGGGGGGAUAGAUGGUUGGACUGCAUUACACAAAGCAGUUAAGAAUGGUCAUUUGGAUGUCACCAAACAUCUCAUCAGUCAAGGAGCUGAAGUGGAGAGAGGGGAUAAUACUAAAUGGACUGCAUUGCACAUUGCAGCUCAGAAUAACCAUCUGGAUGUGACUAAACAUCUCAUCAGUCAAGGAGCUGAGGUAAAAAAAGAGAAUGAGACUGGUAGGACCGCAUUACACAUUGCAGUUCAGAAUGGUCAUCUUGAUGUCACCAAACAUCUCAUCAGUCAAGGAGCUGAUGUGAAUAGAGGGGAAAAAGAUGGUUGGACUGCAUUACAGAUUGCUGCUCAGAAUGGUCAUCUUGAUGUCACCAAGCAUCUCAUCAGUAUAGGAGCUGAAGUGGAUACACAGAAUAUAACUGGUGGGACUGCAUUACACAGUGCGGCUCAGAAUGACCAUCUUGAUGUCUCCAAAUAUCUCAUCAGCCAAGGAGCUGAAGUGAAUAGAGGGAAUAAUACUGGUUUGACUGCAUUACACAUUGCAGCUGAGAAUGGUCAUUUUGAUGUUACCAAAUAUCUUAUCACUCAAGGAGCCGAUGUCAAUAAAAGAGAUAAUGAUGGCUCGACCGCCUUACACAGUGCAGUCGAGUAUGGUCAUGUUGAUGUCACCAUACAUAUCAUUAGUCAAGGAGCUGACGUGAAUAGAGGUAAUGAUACUGGUGUGACUGCACUACACAUUGCAGCAAAGAAUGGUCAUCCUGAUAUCAUUCAAUAUCUCAUCGGUCCAGCAGCUGAGGUGAAUAGAGGGAAUGAUACCGGUUUGACUGCUUUACAUAUUGCAUCAAAGAAUGGUCACCUUGACGUCAUCCAAUAUCUCAUUUAUCUAGGAGCUGAAGUGAAUAAAGGCAAUGAUACUGGUUUGACUGCAUUGUACAUUGCAGCAUGUAAUGGUCAUCUUGAAAUCACCAAGUAUCUCGUCAGUCAAGGAGCUGAUGUGAAUAGAGGCAAUGAUACUGGUUGGACUGCAUUACACAGUGCAGUUGAGAGUGGUCAUCUUCAUGUCUCCGAAUAUCUCAUCAGUCAAGGAGCUAAAGUGAGGAGAGGAGAGAAUGAUGGUUUGACUACAUUACACAUUGCAGCUGAGAAUGGGCAUCUUGAUGUCACCAAGCAUCUCAUCAGUCAAGGAGCUGAAGUGAAUAGAGGGAAUAAAGAUGGUUUGACUGCAUUACACAGUGCAGCUGAGAAUGGGCAUCUUGAGGUCACCAAGUAUCUAAUCAGUCAAGGAGCUGACGUGAAUAGAGGAGGGAAUGAUGGUUUGACUGCAUUACACAGUGCAGUACAUAAUGGUCACCUUGAUGUAAGCAUAUAUCUCAUCAGUCAAGGAGCGGAUGUGAAUAGAGAGGCAAAAGAUGGUUGGACUGCAUUACAGAUUGCAGCUCAUAAUGGUCAUCUUAAUGUCACCAAGUAUCUCAUCAGUCAAGGAGCUGAAGUAAAUAAAGGCAAUGAUACUGGUUGGACUGCAUUACACAUGGCAGCACGUAAUGGUCACCUUGAUGUCAGCAUAUAUCUCAUCAGUCAAGGAGCUGAAGUGAAUAGAGAAGACAAUGAUGGCUUGACUGCAUUACAGAUUGGAGCUCAUAAUGGUCAUAUUGAUGUCACCAAAUAUCUCGUCAGUCAAGGAGCUGAAGUAAAUAGAGGCAAUGAUACUGGUUGGACUGCAUUACACAGUGCAGUUGAGAGUGGUCAUCUUCAUGUCUCCGAAUAUCUCAUCAGUCAAGGAGCUAAAGUGAGGAGAGGAGAGAAUGAUGGUUUGACUACAUUACACAUUGCAGCUGAGAAUGGGCAUCUUGAUGUCACCAAGCAUCUCAUCAGUCAAGGAGCUGAAGUGAAUAGAGGGAAUAAAGAUGGUUUGACUGCAUUACACAGUGCAGCUGAGAAUGGGCAUCUUGAGGUCACCAAGUAUCUAAUCAGUCAAGGAGCUGACGUGAAUAGAGGAGGGAAUGAUGGUUUGACUGCAUUACACAGUGCGGUACAUAAUGGUCACCUUGAUGUAAGCAUAUAUCUCAUCAGUCAAGGAGCAGAUGUGAAUAGAGAGGAAAAAGAUGGUUGGACUGCAUUACAGAUUGCAGCUCAUAAUGGUCAUCUCAAUGUCACCAAGUAUCUCAUCAGUCAAGGAGCUGAAGUAAAUAAAGGCAAUGAUACUGGUUGGACUGCAUUACACAUGGCAGCACGUAAUGGUCACCUUGAUGUCAGCAUAUAUCUCAUCAGUCAAGGAGCUGAAGUGAAUAGAGAAGAGAAUGAUGGCUUGACUGCAUUACACAGUGCAGCUGAGAAUGGGCAUCUUGAUGUCACCAAACAUCUCAUCAGUCAAGGAGCUGAAGUGAAUAGAGAGAAUAAAGAUGGUUUGACUGCAUUACACAGUGCAGCUGAGAAUGGUCAUCUUGCUGUCGCCAAAUAUCUCAUCCAUCUCGGAGCUGAAGUAAAUACACAGAAUAUAACUGGUGGGACUGCAUUACACAGUGCGGCUGAGAAUGGUCAUCUUGAUGUAGCCAAAUAUCUCGUCAGUCAAGGAGCUGAUGUGAAUAGAGGGGAUAAUACUGAUUUGGCUGCAUUACACCUUGCAGCUCAGAAUGGUCAUCUUGAUGUUUCCAAAUAUCUCAUUAGUCGAGGAGCUGACGUGAACAGAGAAGAUAAUGAUGGUCAGACUGCAUUGCUAUUUACUGUCCAGAAUAGUCAUGUUGAAGUUAUGGAAUAUUUGAUAAUUCGAGGAGCGAAAACAGACAAUGGAAUGGCUUAUGGCGGUGAUACAGUACUCUCUACCGUUCAGGAUGAUCGCCGUGAUAUCGUUCCUGAUCUCCAGGCACCAAGAGCACGUCCUGAGUUAGACGACAUCCACGGAACGAUUCUUCUUGAGCCCACUUUGCUGCCUGGGUUCCAACAGAGUCUAGUCACAGGUUCCACGUCCGAGGUCACUCGGAGUUAUUUUCAUCAUGCGAUACAAGACGGUCAUACUUCUGAUGUUGAGUAUCUAGUCACUCAUGGAGCAGAUCUUAAUGUCCAGUCAGCAGACGGUCAGACGUGUCUUCAUGAAGCAAUCAAACUUUGCUACAGGACAGAGAGAAGUGUACAAUAUAGUGACAUACUUAGGAACAUUUCUGCUGAGUUUUACGGUGGAGAACUUUCUCCCGGGAAAGCCUUAGUGUUCUAUCUUCUUGAAAAUGGAGCCAAGAUAGAUGUGGAAGAUAAGUCAGGCAAGCUACCAAUCCAUUAUGCCAAGGAUGAAGUGGUCAAACAGAUGAUAUUGACAAGGUUGAAUUCCCUUGAAGACAUCAAGUCUUACCGAGAAAAACAACCGGGACCUUCUGUAAGCUGCGUCAAAGUCGAAGAAGAUAGAUCUCAGAAGAUUUCACUUGAUGACCAUGGCAUAUCAAUGUUCGUUCCACCCGAGGCUAUACUUCAGGGAGAAUCAAGAGAGGUCACCCUAACCCUUCUACGGGACCCUCCUUGUGUUGACAUCCAGGAUGAUGAAUCAGUAGCCUGCUAUGGGGUCAGAUGUGAUCCUCCAAACAUGAUAUUCCUGAAACCUGCUAAGAUCUGGAUACCACAUGCUGCACUGGUCACCAACCCAGAUGAAGUAAAGCCAGAUAUCGUGUCAUAUGAAUGGGAUCCAGUUAAUGAUCUACCGAAAACCUCACGAAGGAGAUCAUCCAACUCUCCCGACAAACCACCACAUUGCAGGGUCUGCAAAAGCCAUCUUGAGCUGUACAUCUUACACUCUGCAAACUGGUGGGUUCUAAUUCCUCUUGAGCAAAAUGUGGUUACACACCAACUUUUGUGCACGCCGUAUAUUCCAGAUAGAAUAAGAGAACAAAGGGAGAUUAAAGUCCACCUUCGACUACAUGCCAACAUUCCUGGAAUGGAUGUGGAAAUACAAAAGGAGGAAAAAAAGCAAUCUUACCACAAGGCUCAUCCCUCUAUUCCCAUCAGAAUUGCCUCCAAGUCUGGGAAUGUCAAUGUAGCAUGUUAUCAAGGUGAUGAUCAAGUGGACAAGAAGGUACUCCUACUCAAAGACGUUCAAAGUAGAAUGCAACACCGAAUUGUUCUCUCCAUACCUUCGCAUGAAGAUGACACGGAUCCCCCAGUGACAGUCAACCUUAGACAGACGGGGAAACGGGUCGAUGUUUCCGUAGCUCUCAAUUUUGUCAUUAGAUGUUCUGAAGAACAAAAUUUGGAACCCACUGCCUUUACAAGAGUGGUCCAAGAAGUUGUAAAAGGUGGCCCCCGGGAAGUUGAUAUCUUGAACAUUGCUGAAAAGAUGACGGUUGAUCAGUUUUAUGAUUUAGGGGUAGCUCUCGGUUUCACGAUCCCACAUUUGGAUGCAAUAGAGUACAAAAGAUUGGGAGACAGACAACAUGCCUUCUAUGACAUCCUAGUAAAAUGGCUGCAGACACAAGCCUCUGGUCAAGCGGCAAGGGAAGAAUUAAUCGCAAUAAUGACAUCACUGGACUCCAUGGAUGAAGAUCGGUGUGCAUUACAAACAGGUUCAUCGGGGGAAAUCCCAGACAAGACGCUACUCCAUUUAUCCAGAAAGAUAAAACCAGAUAAGUACUUCGAGACUGGAAGGAAACUUGGUUUUUCUUCGACAGAGCUUGAACACAUCAAACACCGGACAUUUCCUAACAGGAGAGACACCAACAUCCUGAUGCUUUCUAAAUGGAAAUCAUCUCAGCCUCCCGGAGAAAAGGCGAUUGAAACCUUGAAAUGUGUUUGGGAAUCUGUACAAUCAGUGCAUAAGGCUGAACAUUUAGAAGAAGAAGAUACUACUACAGUUCUCAAACAGACCGUUGUAGAAAUGACCAAGCCAAAUGAACUGGAAAGCGAUCUUGAAAAGAUGGAGAUCAUUGACUUUUCAGAAACGGAUGAUGAUCCACUUGGGCCUUCUUGUGAGCAAGUGGUAACGCAUGAGGAUCUCGAUCAACACGGUGGAAUACCAAACACAGAAGAACUUUCUAGUGUGGCUCAUCAAGUCAAAACCUUCCAAAUAGCAUGUUCACUUGGUAAAGCCCUUCGUAUUGAUGACAUCAGCAUAGUCGGUUACGUCACUCAGCAGAAUCCUUCAUCACUGGAUGCAACAGCAAUGCAAAUCCUACUUAUGUGGCAUGAUGGCCUAGAAGAAGGAGUAAAAGAGGUUGAACUCCACGAGUUGUUGAUGAAGUACAUCUCCGGUGACAAAACAGGAGGCUACGACGAAAUAGCAAAACUCAUUCGGUCUGAGGUAGACCUCCUCGGUUUAAUUCGUCAUUUGGGUGUACAGCCUACCAGUGUCAUGGAGAUCAUUAACACAUCUGUAGACUUUGCACCACACAUGGUUGUUUCUGCUGCCCUACAAAUGCUGAUAGAAUGGUCCAGCAAAGGUGGAACUCGGGAGAGGCUUCUUGCAAUAGCUCAGGCUUUUCACCUCAGUUGUGCGGACCGCAUAGCAAAAGGCCUGGCAUGUCACUCAACCUAUCCAUUUUUCAUCUCGUACGGCAUCAUUGAUCAUAAGGGACAAAGGGUGACCCUCGAUGAACUUGGAAUUACUGUAUCUAUUCCUGAAGGGGCUAUUCCGAAAGGAACGAGAUCAACCGUCACCCUUCGCGUAUCAAUCCACAAUACUCUCAGACUUCCCAUACACGACGAUGAAGUUCUUAUUACUCCAGUUUUAGAGACUUCUGUCCAUCAAGAACUUCUCAAGCCGGCAUCGAUAGUACUGCCACACUGUGUAAAGUUCCGGGAACAAAACGACGAUUCUUCUGUUGUAUUGUACACCAAGACCGAGUCAGGAAAAUUCGGUCGCAGAAUGCUGACUGCUGACGAUUCAACAAUCUCAAAAUCUACGAUUGAGUUUUGUACGCGUCAUAUUGAAGUUUUGGCUGUGUCUUCAAAGAAUCUUCGAGAAAUUCAACUAACAUGCUUAGUCUUCCAACCCACUAUGAAGACACCAGCAGAGCAACCAUCUCUACACGUGUACAUAACCUAUCCAUAUAACACAUAUGAUCAGGAUAUAAUCAAGACGGAACUGGAUUCGUCUGUACCUUACUGUCAAGUCGAGGAGGGAUUCAAAUUCUCUAUAGGGUUAACAACAAAACACCUGAAGGUUAUUUGUCAUGAAGACUCGAAGCAACACAGACGAAUGAUACACAUCAAAAGUGUGUUGAUUGGUCAUCAGAGUACUCCUCUGAAGUUCGUGCUUCAGUUUACCCCGGAGGACAAUGGAAAGAACAUUCGCAUUGCAAUACACGAAGGACACGAGGCCACAUCAGUAAGAGAAUUCAACAUAACAAUAGAAGAUGAACCGGAUUACGCGACCAGCCGUAGGGAUUCGCAAGGGCGAAUGAGCUGUUUAUCCAACAAUCUCAUUGAAACCCUGGCUGAUGUGAUUCUCAAGCAUAGCGAGGCAAUCUCCCUAGGCCGCCAUCUUGGUUACUCCCACUCGACUGUAAAGAAAUAUUUCAAUCGACCAGAUUCAUCGUUUGAUAGAAUCUCAAGAUCAGGCUUUGUUGACAUGCUGAGUGAUUGGAGACGAAGAGUCCGACCUAGUGAGCAGGUAGAGAAGCUUUACCAAGCCCUGAAAGAUGCUGGUCUGAGCUAUGUAACAAAUACCAUCCUGCAUGGAGUGGCUAGCUCUUCUAAGACCAGCGUGGCUCAACGCGUACGAGCACUUGAGUCAAAUAGGCCUAAAUAGAAAGCGACUGUUCCAUUGACCUCAAGAAUGCUAAGCCUAUACCUCUGGAACUGGAUUGCCAAUGUAUGAAGAUUCGAGAGUUGGGGUCAACUGGCUAACCAGAGGAUGUCUGAGGGGAUAGCUCACCUUUGAAUUUCAUCUUAACAAAAUGUGUCGUGAUAUGUGAUACUAGGGUCAAUAGUAAAGGGGCAAUUAGGGGUAAUAAGCAAGUAGCAUGGAUUAUAUGAACAUUACAUUAUGACGUUUAGCAAUUACUUCGCAGACGUUUUCUAUAACGUAGAUAAUCUUUUGUCAAAAGUCGUUCCUUCAAUGACAAAGCAGCAUUUAUCAAACGAUCGGUGAAUCAAAACAGCAGUGUCGUCAUGGACUCUGGACAGUGCGUCCCACAAAAAACGAAACCGAGAUUUAUCGAUGAUUUAUCAUAACUUAAUCGCAAAUACAAUAGACAAAUGACCUACCAUUUUAAAGCUUAGAAUCUCCUUUUUCAUCUGAAAUUACUUAGAUUAUUUCUCAUUCACGCAUGAGUGAGCAAAAACUAUUUUAAAAGGGGAUACCAAAAAGUCACUUGGCGGGCCGUAUCUGGGUUUUAAAAAGAAAACCACAUUUUUAAAAAGUUCAAUAUCUGCUCUUUAAUUUGAUACCUCAAUUACAGAAAAUGGUCAAGAAAUAAAAAAGUUCUGGUUAUUUGAAAUAAGGCUUGAAUUUCAAUAAUUUCAUAAAAUGAAGAGGUUUUACAGGCUAGCGUUCAAACUCACUCGACACUCCGCUUUGUUGACGAUCAGCCAUGCAUUAAGUCUUUUGUUACCGUGCGAUAGCUUCAGUGGGAAACCGGUGAAAACACGUUUAUUUAAUGAAAUUAUGGAAAUACAAGCAUUGUUUCGAGGGAUCAUAACUUUUUUACUACUUGACCAUUUUCUGUGAUUUAGGUAUCAAAGAAAAGAGAAGAUAUUGAACUUUUUAGUCAUGUGAUUUUCUUUUUGAAAUUCAGAUACCCCCGCCAAAUGAGAUUUUGGCAUCCUUUCUUCGAAUUGUUUUUGCUCGAUCAUGCAUGUAUGAGGAAUAAUCUAAGUAAUACCAGAUGAAAGAGGAGAUUCUAAGCUUUACAUUGGUAGGUCAUUUGUCUAUUUUAUUUAUGAUUAAGUUAUGAUAAAUCAUCGCUAAAUCUCGGUUUCGUUUAUUCUGGGACGCACUGUAUAAACAUAAAUAUUUGUAUCCGUUGCGAAAGAAAAAUUAAUAAUACAUAUGUUGUGAAAGAAACAUAUAAACAAUUUGGGCAACACAUUGUAGGUUUUAAAUAUGUAUACUAUUUUUCAAUAGAAAUUAAAUUAAAAUGAUUUGACGGAUGUUUUAAUAGAUUCUGAAAGUUGCAGAAAGCGUCUGCGAGUCCAUGCUAAAAUGUGAUACUAAUGAUGGCAAAAACAAUUGUCUUAUUAUAAUUAUGACAAAAUUGUCUUUUGUAAAAUUUUCUUGCGUAUUUUUUUAAUGAAGUUUAUAAUGUCAUUGUAUCCAUGAAGAAGAAAAUUUGAAUAUACUCUCGUCUGACACAAUCGUAUACCGUGUAAAUCUUACUCUCUAAAAAAAGAAAAUGAGUGAAUUUAACUAGCCUUUUCCAUUCACAGUGAAAUCAAGGACAACUCGAUUUGGAGUGAAUUUAGAGUGAACAUAAUAACAAGGCCGAACGUUUCAUAAGCGAUACCAAAGUAUGCCUUUCUCUUUUUUUUCUAUUUUUUUUUGCAGCGCUUGCUUGAUUUCCUCUGCAUUCAGUCAAGAAUAUUUGAGGGUUAUUGUUGAUAAAUAUCUACAAGAUAAAUCAUUUGAAAGCUAUAUAUGCUUUUCUGAGCUCAAUGAAAAUCUUGAAAUUAAUUUAGAGCCACUUGUUGUUUGUUUGCGACUAUAUUUAUUUACUCGUAAUACAUUAGCUGUAAUUGCAAAAUUCACAUAUUCCAUUACUGUUAACAUAUCAUAUUGUAACUUAUAUACAUGACUUGUAUCCCUUUUUUUAGUAGCCCUCAGUGUACAUUUUAUAUAUUUGUUCUUCAUACUUAUUGUCUAAAUGUUUCUGUAUCUCUUAUUUCGAUAACUCGUAUUGUAAAUGUCACAAAUCUCUUGACUCAUGUAUAUACAUCUGCUUUUAGCUAUUUUUUGUAUUCCUGUUUAUAGCUCAUGUAAAAUGAAAAUCUAAAUUAAUUCUAACCUCUUAAAUCAUAACAGCUCUUACUGUGAAUUUCAAAUAAUGCUUCACUCGUAAAAGCUUGUAUUGUAAGUUUUUAUAUAUCUUUAAACUUUUAAAUGCAAAUUUUAAUGCAAAUUACGUUUAUCUCUUAACUUAGUAGCACAUAUUUUAACUUUUAUAAUAUCAAUUAACUUUUAUAUCCUUAUAUCUAUUAUUGUAAAUUCCAAUAUUACAUCUUCAUAUCUCUUGUGGAGGUUCGCAUAGAGUAUAUAUGUUUAUCUUAUAACAGCUUUUAUGCAAAGAUCUUCUUAAAACACUCGAAACAUAAAUAUCACUAAGCUAUACACACUUAAUCAGAUGCGGCAGCGUAAUUUUUUACAAUUGUGCAUUAUUCACAUCAUAAUGUUCUAAUAUUGCCUUUAUUAUAAAUUUCAUUUAUAGAUUUAUAUAUUGUAUUGUUUAUUACAUUCUUUACUCUUAACCACUCUCAUUGUAUAGAUCGUCCAUUUACUCUUCAUAUGGUAGCUCUUAUUGUAAAUACCACAUUUUCCUUAUAUCUUGACAGCUCCUAAUGUAAAUAUCAUAUAGGCCUACCUGAUACCUGUAACAGAUUUUGUUGUAAAUUUUCUGUAUCUUUAACUUCCAUCGUAGGAGCCUGUUUCAUAAUUGUAUAUCAUAACUCUUACAAAGCUCUUAACGAAAAUUCUGUAUUUGACCAGCCACCUCAAAACCAACAACAAUAAAUCACCAGAAAAGGUUCUCUGUAAAUAUUCAAAUGAGUAAUUUGGUCUUUAAAAACAAAAAUUAGACAAUUCGCUUAUCUUAAAGAGCAAUUCUUAUUCUCUAUACUUUUAGUUGUAAAGGAUGAAUAAAGUACAAGAUAAAAACCUGUUGACACUAUUUUUGCGGAAGUCUUGGAAGUUUCACCAAGGCUGCACAGUGUGCACAUCUCUUGCUUGAGGGAACCCUGAACUUCAAAACAUUGUUGUAGCACUCGCUGAAUUUCCUCUGUAUUCAGUCAAGAACUUUUGAGGGUUACUGUUGAUAAAUUUGGACAACUUAUAUCAUUUGAAAGCUUAUGACAUGCUUUUCUAAGAUCAAUGAAAAUAUCAAAAUUCAUUUUGGACCACUUAUUUUUAGUUUGGGGUGGCUGAUAUCUAUUUACUCAGAAUACAGUAGCUCCAAUUUUAAAUUCCACAUAAAUAUUGUUUUACUGUUAACAUAUCCUGUUGUAAAUUAUAUAUGUGUAUUUCUUAAUUUUAAGUAGUUCUUAUUUUGAAUUUCAUAUAUAACCUCUUCAUACUCAUUAUCUAAAUGUUUCUGUAUCUCAAAAAUUUAAAUAGCUCGUAUUGUAAAUGACACAAAUCUAUGGAGUCAUAUCUUCUUUUAGGUCUGUUUAUAAAAUCCUUAUCUCUUAAAAGCUCUUGUUUAGAAUAUUAGAUAUUUCUUAUUGUAAAUUUCAAAUUUCUCCUCACUAUUAACAGCUCGCAUUGUAAGCUCGAAUAUAUCUCUUAACUUUUAGUAGCUCCUAUUGAAAAUUUCAUUUACUCUUUGUAGCUCAUAUUUUAAAUUUCAUACAUUAGUUAAGUCUUAUCUCCAUAUAGCUAUUACUUUAAAUUCCGCUUACACCCCAUCUCUUCAUAGGUCUGGUGAAGAGGUUCGCAUACAUCUUAUCUUAUAACCGCUUGUGCAAACUUAGAAACACUUGGAAAAUAUUAUUGGGUUAUGCACAUAUUCGUAUAUUUUAUUAAUAUCAAGUAUAAUAAAACAAAAUAAAUCAGAUGCAGUGUGAUUUAAUCCAUAAAAUAUUAUUUUUGGGACUUGAACUUCAUUGCUUAUUUGCUGCGUUUGUUUCUGCAACAGCCCGAUAAAUAGGCCUUUUUUGUAUGCUGUAUAUAAUUACAUAAAAAGAAAACAAAAAGAAAAAAGUUUUUAAAAUAUCAUCCAACUGUGAAUACGAAAAUACCAAUGACAAUCAAUGCACACGUUUUAUGCAACUUUAUUGUCAUUCUUGUCCAGCUGGAAAGAACAGUGUCACACAGUGCGAUCACUGUAUGUUCACAGUGUGAACCAUGAGAAUAUACUGUUUACACUGUUAAACUUAUAAAACUUAACAGUGUGAAGACGAUUUCCUACUGUAGAUACCCCGAUGUCGUACAAAUUACAUUAUGUAAAUAGUUGUAAUUUUCACUUUUUACUACUUAUUACUACUCAAUGAAAUGAAUAUCCCCUCAGCACUUGUUAUAUGAUAAAUGCUUUGUACUACCAUAUUUCAAUGAAUAUUAUAUGCAACUUGGAUUUCUCCUCUAUCAAAGGGGUCAAGUACAUGCGGUCCUGUGUGUAUAUGUAAUUCGACUGUCAUCUUAUUUUGCAUCCAUAUUGAGCAAGCUAAAGUGACUGUCUUUGGAAAAUCCGAAUGCUGGUAGGAAGAGUCACAUUGCUCCGUUAAGUGGUUCUUUGUGGCGUAGGAUGUGAACGAACUAAAUACA